GGGGGUAGCAGGGUGGCAUCGGAGAACUUCCGUGUGGCAGGGGGAAAGUGCAUUUUCAUCCGCGCAUAGGGAGCGCUGUGGAUAGCGGCGGCUCCGUGCCAUAUCGCACGGCAUCGGAUUCGACAUUUCCGGCACUCUCUGUAGCGGCUGGUCGCGCUUCGCUCCUUUCUUUUCUCCAGUACACACUUGGCAUCUCCGCUGUGGUCACCGCUCGUUCGUUAAAGAGGGAACGUUUACUUUAUUUCGCUUCACAAGUUUCCCCGAUAUCGAAGGACUGCUGCUGCUGCUUCGUUCUUUCCAUGAUGGCACUAGCUUUGCGCAGAGAAAUUCUCGAAAAGUUCCAGAAGGAAUUUGAGAAGGAACCCAGGAACCGGCUUGCACAAAAUGUCUGCACCAAGGUUGACAUCAAAGACCUGUGCCAGAAACGUACGGCUCACCUGAAUCAUGUGGUGUCGCACAAGGUGGAUGUCGAAGGGAGACCACCCUCGAACCAGAAGGUGACCGGGCGAUGCUGGCUGUUUGCCUGCCUGAAUGCGAUUCGGGUGCCACUCAUGAGGCACUUCCAAUUGGAUGAGCUUGAACUCAGCGCUGCAUACCUGUUCUUCUGGGACAAGGUGGAGCGCAGCAAUUACUUCCUCAACAACGUGGUCGAAAUGUGGCGACGGGGAGAGACCGUCGAGGGCCGUCUGUUCAGUUUCCUCCUCCACGAACCCCUAGAAGACGGCGGCCAGUGGCACAUGGUGCACAACCUUGUGGCCAAGCACGGACUCGUGCCCAAACAGUGCUAUCCGGAGUCGGUCACCUCUGAGUCAUCACGCCGCUUCAACCAGAUCCUCACCAGCAAGCUGCGAGAAUUUGCCCGGGACUUGUACACCCUGUUGGCGAAAGGCUGCUCUGAUGCCGACGUCCAGUCCACCAUAGAGCAGAUGAUGGAAACUGUGUACCAGAUUGCGUCGAUCUGUCUCGGAACGCCCCCGGCCACUUUCACCUGGGAGUACUACGACAAAAACAAGGCCUACAACCGGCUGGGCCCCAUCACUCCGCUAGAGUUUUACGAGAAGCAUGUGAAGCCACUCUUCAACUUCGACGACAAGGUGUGCCUGGUGAGUGACAGCCGGCCCUCUAAUCCCUUCGGAGAGACCUACACAGUGGACUGCCUCGGCAAUGUCGUUGGCGGCAUUCCGACAGUCUACAACAACCAGCCCAUUGAAGUUCUUAUGCAGUCAGUCGUUGACUCGGUCAAGGCCAAUGAGCCCGUGUGGUUUGGCUGUGAAGUUGUCAAGAGGUGCGAGUUGAAGCGAGGAAUCUUCGACACAGACUUUUUUGACUAUGAAGCACUUUUUGGGACCACCUUCACAUUAGGGAUGUCGAAAGCAGACCGCCUCAUCUACGGCGAAUCCUGCAUGGGCCAUGCCAUGCUCUUUACUGGAGUGUCCCUCGAUUCUGAUGGCAAGCCAGUGAAGUUCCGUGUGGAAAACUCCUGGGGUGAUGACACGGGAGAGAAAGGUUUCUUCACGAUGACCCGGGACUGGUUCAAGGAGUUUUUGUUCGAGGUGGUUGUGGACAAGAAGUACCUGCCUGCAGAUGUGAUAGCUGCAAACUCGAAGGAGCCCAAGGUGCUGCCCGCUUGGGAUCCCAUGGGUGCUCUUGCUCACUAAUGUCUUCACCACUUUGUGUUCAGAAACGUAAUAAAUGAAGG